GACGCGCUCUCCUAAAGUCAAGCGCGGCCCCUGCAGGAAUCCGUAGCAUGUUACACCUGCAGGAAGGUGCGCUGCGGACAGGUGCAGAGGGGGCUGGGGAAGGAGCUUUGGAGCGGAAGGAAAGAAGGCCGUCUCUUCCUUUCCCAAGAGAAACGACCGAGGAGUCCUUCCCAGGCAAAGUGGACAAGAAACCCAACACCUGAGCAGGACCUUUUCCGGAAGAACCGUGUUGAACUCGGAGUCGCCCCAGGGAAGGGAAGGAAGGGCGGGGUGGAGGCGCCAUGGCCUCCUGGUGGCUCUUCCUCGGCCUCACCUGCUUCCCGACAGGCUGUAUCUCUGUCCUGGUGACGGUGCCAGAAACUGAGCGGUACACCAUGUUAUUUGCCUCUGUGAUACUCAGAUGUGACUACAGUACCUCCGCACCACUGCAGGAUGUGGUAGUUACCUGGCGUUUUAAAUCCUUUUGCAAGGAUCCCAUCCUUGACUACUACUCUUUUGCCUAUCAGGCAAGCCUAGGUCUGGGCCAAGACCCUUCUAAUGAUUGCAAUGACAACCAACGGGAAGUGAGGAUUGUCGCUCAGAAAAGGGGGCAAAAUGAACCUGUCCUGGGUGUUGAUUACAGCCAGCGGAAGAUCACCAUUCGAAACAAAGCAGAUCUCGUGAUCAAUGAAGUGAUGUGGUGGGACCAUGGAGUCUAUUACUGUGCUGUUGAAGCUCCAGGAGAUACAUCUGGUGACCCAGAUAAAGAGGUCAAGCUCAUUGUUUUGAACUGGCUGACAGUAAUCUUGAUCAUCAUUGGUGGCCUGCUCCUUCUCUUGCUGAUUGGGAUUUGCUGGUGCCAGUGUUGCCCCCAGCAUUGUUGCUGCCAUGUGCGCUGUCCCUGCUGCCCAACUCGCUGCUGUUGUAAUGAAAAAGUCCUGGAACGGCAUCAAUUCAUGAAGCAGGCUCGACAGCUUUUGCCAUGGAUGGCACACCACUCCCAGGCGUCUUCAUACCAACUAAACCCACUGUUACAGAGAGAAAUGUCUACACAUAGCAGUCAGCCUCUGAUGCCUCCACUUCCUCAAAUGCCCCACAGCAAUAAGUUCUUAGACCAUCUUGAGUCUGAACUCAGGAAUCUCAACCUUUCCCAGCCUGUGCUGCCUUCACACCAUGUUGGGGUCAGCCGACAGCCUAGCAUCCUUUCUUCUCUGGGACCAGAGAUUGUCGAACGCAGAGUGAUCCAGCUGCCUCCCUUAGUGGAGCACAUCCCUUCUUCUCAGAGAUCUAGCAGUUCCUCACGCCCACGUCAGACUAUCUAUACCCCAAGACCGCGUAGCACCCCAAAUGAGGAAGAGAGGCCAGGGAGUAGGCGGAAGCGCCGUUUAUCUUUGGAUGAAGAUUUUCAUUCCAGCGAUGAUCAAGAAUCAUGGGGCAGAAACAGGGAGCUCAGAGCUGAGAGGCGGAGGGAUAGCAACUAUUAUGGCCGGUCUCGGAGUUCCAGGCGAGACACAACAUCUUUAUCGCAUAGUAGAAACAGUCUUCGUUCCUAUCCGGGGGAGGCUAGGAGGGAGAAUUCCAGACAACAGCACUCUGACAGAAGAUAUCAGCGUUCUGAGCAAGAACCUUAUCGACAGAGCAGUGAUCGCCGGAGCCGCCAACGACAUCGGAGCUAUUCUCCCCCUUCCCGACGGGAGUCUUGGAGCUCAUCUGAUGAGUCUGAGCGCUUGCGGAGGAAAAUGAGACAACAAUACCAGCGCCGUUCCCCACACUGGGCGGAGGAUAAACCACCCAGUUAUACAUCGGUUGAAAACGGCUCAGCCAAAGUUGACAUAAACAGAAGCCGGACAGAGCGGCAAUCGGAAAAAGACAGUUCUCGCAGUGGAAGGAGUGUGGUCCUCUAGUCCUUUUUUAGUUUGGCUACAGUAUAAUAGAGUGACUGUGUCUGCUCACUUGAGACAUAUUCAUCUCUGGCUGUGAACAAUUAUCAUCAAGCAUCUCAUGAUUUUCUCAUCACUUUCAGCCUGUGGUUGUUUACAUUGAAUGCUUUAAUUUCCAAUAUGGUUGUUUAUGAAAAGGUGUGUCUAUGCUAAGAAAAGUUCCUUGUUAUGCAUUUAUUUUGUGUUUAAGGAAUAGCUCAGCAGUAGCCAGAUUAUCAGCCUUUGAAAAAGCAUAGCCACAAGGGAUGCAAACCAGUAAAGCCAAUAGAAAUAAAUGAAAGUUUCAUCAUAAACAUGGUUAGAAAUAGGCAGCAAACAGGGCCGG